GCUGAAGAGACCAUGUAUAUCAAUUGCCUCGAGUCUGCUGUCAAGAUUCUGGCCAGAGUUGCGUUCAUGAGAGCGAGAAGUCCAUGUCGUGGAGCGCGACGAGCUUCGUCUGGUAGAUGAGCUUGUAGCCGAAGGUGAGCAGCGAUAACGAGUCGCGGUAGGCCUAGCGCCCGUUGUACGAUCCCGUCUGAAACGCCGCUUCAGCACUCGAAACCGCUCUCCUUCAGGUACAGUACUCCAGGCUGUCCUUCAACGUCUGAGAUCUGAGUCGCCAUCAAAGUCAGUCUACGGCCAGACUUUUGGAAACCCUGAUAUGCGACAUUUCCAGUCGCAACGGCCGCAAGUGUGAUGCGACACGCCCCGCCUCGACAAGCUCUGUGCAUCAUAGUGCAUCGCAGAAUCAUUGCCAUGGCGCGCAGGUGUUUGCUGGACAGGCUUGCGAUGUAUAUAAACUUGCCCGACCGCCGUAGCCAAACCACACAUUUCUCGCCUUUCUUCACUCGACGACAUCACAGCUCUUUGAACCCCACGUCGCUCACACGGCCAUGCACUUCAUCAUCUCCUUUGUGUUGGCCCUGGCUGCCACGACUGUUGUGUCGAUGCCGUCCCCCAAGACCCGCCCCGAAAUCGCGCCUACGUUGCACUUGAUUCGUAGUGCUGACGGGUCGCACAUGUUGACCCGCCAGGCCGACAGCAGCUCUCAACCCAGCUUCUCCCCAAACGUGGCUGGUGCCAUCUUAAAUGCGACUGCAGUCACCAACGUCUCCGCGUCCUUCACGAUUUCGCCACUUAGCGUGUUCGGGGACGGGAACGAGGCUGACGCCUUCGGCGUAGCCAUCAUAGUCGGCAUUGAUGCGUUGUACUGCCCUAAUGCCGGCGCCAUGGCUGGUAUCGAGUCCAUCGUCGAAAAUGGUGAAGCGUCCUAUAGUGCGUUUAUCACGGCUUUCCCUCAAGGCCCCGUCGCCGUCCCGGGCUUCAACCUCUCGGCGGGCGACAACAUCGCGAUAAGCAUCACCGUGACGAACGCGACGUCGGCCACGGUGGUCCUCACCAAUGAGAGCACGAACCAGACCGUCACUGAGGUCACCCCCACCGGCACUCUGUGCAUGCAGGAAGCGGACUGGAUCAUCGAGGACAUGGAAUCGGACGGGUCCCUACCGCCGUUGGCCGACUUUAGCUCGGUCAACUUCACCGAUGUGUCUGCCGCGACCUCCAGCGGUCCCCUGGACAUCACUGGGGCGACGAUUUUCAACAUGGAGCAGAACAACACAGUUCUUACUUCGGUCUCGGCCUUGCCCUCGGAGAUCGAUAUUGUCUUCGUUUAAUGGGGCAGAGAGGAUGUAGGACUGAUAUUUAUUUGACAUUGCUUGCAAAAACAAUUGUAUAUCUCGCAUGUAAUUAGAAGGACCAGUAUUUAUCCAAUAUUGCUUGUAUCGCUAAUGGCCUAUGGCCGCCUGCUGGCACAGCUCGUAUAUAAAUCAUAUAGCGAA